AGCAAAUCAAUAUGGGGACAGCAUCGCAGGUCAAUUAUCGGGCUAAACAGACAAUCGCUACUUCACGACAACAUAUUUGCACAAAAGCGGGUGCGCAUCAUUUACUGACCCCUUUCUCUCUUCCUCAAGACGUUUGAUCGAAGUCGAUUCUGUGCACAAACGGCGCGGCCCGCAUGACUAAAAAGGUGCUCCCCGAUGGGCUCUACGACGCCUUCGCACUCGUCGAGUGGCUUGGUCAACCCAAGAACCACAAUAAUGCGGAUCAUCAGCAUCCACACAAAACUGUCAAGACGUCUCCAAGGACAUAUUCUCCGUCUGAACCCGAAGGACACUUGUCGUGGAUCGGAGAAUAGCCGCUUGAGCCACUCGGGGUGUACACUGAAAAAUUUGGGCCACGCAAUUUGUCGUAAAGACUAGCCCUAAAUAGAUUUGAUCAAGGCUCCAAAGUGAAUUGAGAUCAUGAUGGUCAACUCACUGAAUGUUCCUUCCAUGAACCCCCUUGCGUACCCUGGAGGAGUAUUAGUGCAUUGGCCAAGCCUGCGCAAAAAGAAUUCUUCAAACGAUGACACCGGAGCACUUCGAACCGGAUUUCUAAACGCUAUCUGGCUCAAGUCACCGACAAAAAAAAAAGAAAGUGGAUUUACAGAUGUACAAUUUGAUAAGUGCGAACGUUAUAGAGUCAACUGUGGCGACAAUCAUUCAAGGCCAAGCAAGUAUGACUUG